UUUAAUCUUCAUUUCCUUUGUGAUUAAUGAAGUUGGGAAUCUUUUCAUGUGUUUAUUGCCCAUUUGGUUAUCUUCUUUUGUGAAGUGCCUAUCUUUAGCCAUUUCAGUUGGAUGAUCUGUCUUGUCUUAGCUCUGCAUGUAAUUUGGAAGGUUCGGUUUUGCUCUCAUGGCUAAAUACCAUUUGACCACUUUCAUCUUUACUUCUUGCAGGCAGUGAAGUAUUGUGGCAUUUUCCUGGAUUUUUCUUUCCUUGAAAAAUUAAAUUCAGUACAGUAAUCUUUUCUUUUGCUGAAGCAUUUCUGUCCCUGAAUAUUGUGUAGAAUCCUUACAUGUUAGUCAGUACACUGUAGGUUUAUGUGAGUUUCUGUAUUUAUCUAUUUGCUCCCUGUACUAUAGGUUAAACUCUGUUUCGUGGACUCUUUGCAAAGCAAAAACCUGAUGUAACAUAGUUGGCUUAAAAAAUGGGUGUAGUUUUGUUUCAGCGAUGUGGAUGGAGAAGCAUAUAAGAGUUUAUUCCUGAUGACCUGAUUAUGGAGAGGUGACAGCUAUAUGUACUUUACAGAAGAGAUGGUGUUGGUUUUGUUUAUUUAUACACAGCCUUGCCUAGAAAGGGUAAGAUAUGAUUUUUAGGGACACGUGAAAAAUAAGAUCGUAUAAAUCAGAAGUAGGGGGGACUGACUAUAGUAAUUCUCUUCAUUUAAAAUUUUCAGAUAUAUAAUGAAAAGGAAUUAUUACAAGGUAAAUUGGACCUUCUUAGUGAUACCAACAUGGUAGACUUUGCUAUGGAUGUUUACAAAAACCUUUAUUCUGAUGAUAUUCCUCAUGCUUUGAGAGAGAAAAGAACCACAGUUGUUGCACAACUGAAACAGCUUCAGGCAGAAACAGAACCAAUUGUGAAGAUGUUUGAAGAUCCAGAAACUACAAGGCAAAUGCAGUCAACCAGGGAUGGUAGGAUGCUCUUUGACUACUUGGCGGACAAACAUGGUUUUAGGCAGGAAUAUUUAGAUACGCUCUACAGAUAUGCAAAAUUCCAAUAUGAGUGUGGCAAUUACUCAGGAGCAGCAGAAUAUCUCUAUUUUUUUAGAGUCUUGGUUCCAGCAACAGAUAGAAAUGCAUUAAGUUCACUCUGGGGAAAGCUGGCCUCUGAAAUCUUAAUGCAAAAUUGGGAUGCCGCCAUGGAAGAUCUUACACGGUUAAAAGAGACCAUAGAUAAUAAUUCUGUGAGUUCUCCGCUCCAGUCUCUUCAGCAGAGAACAUGGCUUAUUCACUGGUCCCUGUUUGUUUUCUUCAAUCACCCCAAAGGUCGCGAUAAUAUUAUUGAUCUCUUCCUUUACCAGCCACAGUAUCUUAAUGCAAUUCAGACAAUGUGUCCACACAUUCUUCGCUAUUUGACUACAGCAGUCAUAACAAACAAGGAUGUUCGAAAACGCCGGCAGGUGCUAAAAGAUCUAGUUAAAGUUAUUCAACAGGAGUCUUACACAUAUAAAGACCCAAUUACAGAAUUUGUUGAAUGCUUAUAUGUUAACUUUGACUUUGAUGGGGCUCAGAAAAAGCUGAGGGAAUGUGAAUCAGUGCUUGUGAAUGACUUCUUCUUGGUGGCUUGUCUUGAAGAUUUCAUUGAAAAUGCCCGUCUCUUCAUAUUUGAGACUUUCUGUCGCAUCCACCAGUGUAUCAGCAUUAACAUGUUGGCGGAUAAACUGAACAUGACUCCAGAAGAAGCUGAAAGGUGGAUUGUAAAUUUGAUUAGAAAUGCAAGACUGGAUGCCAAGAUUGAUUCUAAAUUGGGUCAUGUAGUUAUGGGUAACAAUGCAGUCUCACCUUAUCAGCAAGUGAUUGAAAAGACCAAAAGCCUUUCUUUUAGAAGCCAGAUGUUGGCCAUGAAUAUUGAGAAGAAACUUAAUCAGAAUAGCAGGUCAGAGGCUCCUAACUGGGCAACUCAAGAUUCUGGAUUCUACUGAAGAACCAUUAAGAAACAAUGAAAAAACUGUAAAGGAAAGAUGAUAUAAUAAAAUUAUUAUGUAAAGGGUGACCUACAUUUUGGAAACAACAUAUUGAGUAUAAAUUUUGAAGAAUUGGAAUAAAAUUGACAUAUGAUUCAUUUUA